UAAAAAAGGGAUGUAAUUAAAUUCAAUUUAACGUGAAAUAUUUGCCAUUUCAAACCAGCAGAGAUUUCAGAUAAUAACAACGACCCAGAGUUUUCACUCAUAAAUCAUUUCAAAUGAACAGGAUCCUAUUAUUAGGCAAAGCUUCCAUUUGAACUCCUUUGUCUUUACUCUCUGUGUCCACAGUGUCUCUGGGAUUUGAACCAGCAUUCUUUACACCACUGUCUUCCCAAAAGAACAGAGCGGGUCAGUGUUUUGUUCUGUUAUUUAGAGCACUCACUUCAGUGAUUUCCUCCCAUGUGCCCCAUCACAGGCCUGUCUGAUUGUCUCGGGUCACUGGUGCUCAUGAUGUUUUUAUUUUUGAAAAAAGGUCUGCGUUUCUCUCCGUUGAAGGACUAAACAGGAACCAUGAUGAAGAUGGCGCUCCCUCUUCUGAUCUGGACCCUGUGGGCUGAUGUCAGGGGUGACCAGGCAAAACCAGCCCGAGUUCCUCUAAUCUCUCACCGGCCUUUUGUCGUAGUUUGGAACGCUCCUACAGAAUCCUGUCGCCUUCGGUUCAAAGUGGACCUCGACCUUAGCGUUUUUGAUAUUGUUGCAAAUCUGAAUGAGACCCUCAGUGGACCCAAUGUCACCAUAUUCUACCACAGCCACCUGGGAUACUACCCGUAUUACUCUAACUCUGGUGUCCCGGUUAACGGUGGGCUGCCACAAAACCAGAGCGUCUCCAAACACCUCAGCAAGGCCCGCGUCGACAUUGACAAGCUGAUCCCCCACAAAGACUUUCGGGGACUUGGGGUGAUCGACUGGGAGAACUGGAGGCCUCAGUGGGUCAGAAACUGGGGUUCCAAGGACAUCUACCGCAAGAAGUCCAGAGAACAAAUUCGCAAACUUCAUCCUAAUUGGCCUGAGAGCAAAGUGGACAAGGAGGCAAAGGAAAGUUUUGAAAAGGCCGGACAAGCCUUCAUGAACCUGACCUUAGCGCUGGCUAAAUCCCGCAGGCCCGACGGGCUGUGGGGCUUUUAUCUUUUCCCCGACUGCUACAACUAUGGGUACAAACAUCACACGCAUCAUUACACUGGAGAGUGUCCCAAUGUUGAGCAUGUCCGCAACGACCAUCUGAUGUGGCUGUGGAAGGAGAGCACAGCCCUUUAUCCCUCCAUCUAUUUGGACCACGAGCUGAAGUCCUCAGUCAACACCGUCAAGUUCGUCCACUACAGAGUCAAGGAAGCCAUGAGGAUCGCAUCCAUCGCACGUACGGACUUUACGUUGCCCGUCUUUGUCUAUUCCAGACCUUUCUACGCCUACACUUUCCUGGUUCUUUCAGAGAGUGACCUGGUUCACACCAUCGGAGAGAGCGCUGCUUUGGGAGCGUCAGGUGUCGUCCUCUGGGGAUCGUCAGAGUAUUCGCAAUCACAGAGGAACUGUCUGACGGUGAAGAAGUACAUCGACGGUCCGCUGGGACAUUACGUCAUCAACGUCACGUCUGCUGCCAAGCUGUGCAGCAAAGCGUUGUGCAAGAAGAACGGCAGGUGCGUCCGCAAGAGAAUCAACUCUGGGGCUUACCUGCACCUGAAUCCACGCUUCUUUCACAUCCACCACAACCCAGCGUCCAAAGGUGCCCACUUCCAUGUCAGAGGUCAUCUCAACAACCAUGACAUCCUGGACAUGAAGCACAAGUUCAGCUGCCAGUGUUACCAGGGCUGGGCUGGUGUUCACUGCGAGAUGCCGCAGGCUGCGGCUGAUUCUGUUCCACCCUCAUCACAGCCGACUGUUCCUCUUCAUCAUCCUCAUCACAACAGCAUAGCGGGAAAUAUUUUGCUCCUGCUUUCCCUCCAUUUCUCCUGUCUGUGCAUCAUCAUGUUUCUAGGACUGUGUCUAAUAAUCAAGUGCCUAAUUUUGUAAUCAAUAAAAAAAUGUGCACCAUGACUUAACAGGCAGUAUUUCUACAAAGUACAAAAAAAAAAAUUAUCGAUUCCUUAGCCUCAGUUGCCUAUUGGUUAACUGUUUACACCCUUUUUAGAUCAUUUAUACUGACAAACUGACAUCAGACGAUUGUGGCAUCAGCCUAAAUCUGUGCUUGUGCCUAGGUACGGUACGGUAUGGUACGGUACAAAGAAAUUGAUCUGCUUUGUACAUUGGUCUCGUAGUAUGCCUAAGCCAGGCAUAUGUGUUAAUAAGUGGAAUAAAUAUCACAUAAACCUUACAGUCACAGGGUGUCAAAAAUAAUGUUGUACGGUAUGGAAUUAUGAGCGUGGCAAAAAAGCAUGUGAUUGUGGUGCAGGACGUGUACUGUUCAGCAUGAGAAGGAAUGGAAAGAAGUCAGGGAUCCUGAUCAGGGAUCAGAUUAUGGGAUUCUGUAUUUGUUAUGAUGGUGGAGGAUGUCGACCACAGACUGUGAAGUUAGAGAUGGAAAAUGUAUGGAGCUAUUUAUGGAAGUAGGAAUGGAAAUUCAGAAAAUCAGUUGCACCAUUACAGAUUAAAUGGAGAUCAUUGGUUUUGCAAAACCUGACAAAUGAUCCAGGAAAAUACUGUAAUAAAAUAAUAUCAUAUUUAUACUUGUAGUAGAUCAACCGUUGGAAAUUAAAUAUUUAGAAAAAUAAAGAACAUAAAUCCAGUGUGUUGGUGUGUUGAGUUUUUCACAUAGAGAAAAUAAGAUGACUAAUAUUUAACUACAGUGUUUUUCAUAUUAUUUUCCCCACAUUUUCUCAUUAAAUUCUUCUCACAUUAACCAACCUCUCUACAGUCAACCCGUAAAUAACUCAGCUCCACCCAGUCCUUUAUUAUCCCCAUUGAAAAACAUGUCUUUCUUCAAAUUUCCAGUAUCAAACUUUGUCCACAAAAAGAAAUCCCUACAUCAGUAGAAACAAGCGAGUACAAGUCUGUUGGAGCAGAGGCAGACAUUUGUGAAUAUUUCCGACAGCGCAUUCCUGUUUGUAUCAUCAUGAGAUCACGAUGACCGGCAGAUGAGGACGUACGUAAACACCCAGAGAAUCUGCGCUUCCUCUCAGUCAACUCCAAGAAUGUGAGAACUGCGAAAAUUAUAGUUAUAUCACAAAAUAAUUAGUCCUCUUCAAGGGUUUUUAUAUGACCACAUCUGAAGUACACUAUAUCAACUUCAUAAAACAAACAGCUGAGGUUUAUCAUUCAAUGGAUCCUAAAUAGACAGAAACCAAACACCUGUAAUUUCACAAACCUCACGCUCUGGCUUACGCCUCUACUUUAACUAAUAACCAUAAUCAGCUGCAGAGCAGCGUCAGCAGUAGCUCUGCAUCUUCUGCUCGACAUUAAGCUACAGACACAUGACGCGUUUUUUGUUUUUUGGCUGAAU